AUGUCGCAAACGGAGUCCGACUCUGAAGCUAGUGUCUCCGUCCAAGACUGCGACAAUACCUCAGACUUCUGUCUAGGCGCUCGGUUUGACUCUUUCCUUCCUGACCCUGUCGCCUCGAACAUCGAAAGCGUGCAAUCGUUCGAAUGUAUUAACAAGGCAGCGACCGCACUUGAAGCGCUCAAACAUAUCGUAAUCAAUGACGAAAUUGACAUCAACGCACUGGAGCAACACUUGGGCGACAUUCUGGUGUUCGCUGAAGCCGUAUCUCGUGGAAGAUUACAUGCUAAUCUGGACGCACACGGACUUGGUACAGUUGAUCCUGCCUUCCUUUGCAUUCUGCUGAACAUACGAAAGCUCAUCCGCAAAAUUGCCUCUGAACCCGACCACUAUCAGUCUGACGGGACAACCGUGUGUUUGAUCGACUACUUCUUCGCUUCCUGUAUGAAUCUCGUCACGAGUGUUGUGAGCAGUCGUCAGGGGUCAGGAGUACACCAAAGUACCACUCCUUCUGGUUUCGGAACUCAGAAUGAAGAGGACAACGUUCUCAUUGCUUGCCAGCUUCCACAAUCAUGGGGGCAUUUUCCUGGACUACUUCAAUGUGGCCACGCUUCCCCUGCAUCAAAACGACUAGCCUUGUCAAUUUUAUUUUUUGCGUUAGUGAUCAGGCCAGACAUUGGACUUUGUGAUCCAUGGAAUGAGGCAGAAAUUGAACCAGGGCUCAUGAUAGAAUGCUUGCAAGGACUCCUGACCGAAUUCAUGGCACAGAUACAGAAACUGGAUUUAUCUGGAAGUGAUUCUUUAGCCCACUCCCUUCGGACUGCAUACGCCAUGACAAUUGUAUUCUUUGCCUCUGCAGAGACCGAAAUCCGACGUCGAGAAGGCGAAAGUCCUGUGAUGCACUUCAGGCCGCACACUUCGGCGUCCCUACUUGAGCUUGUCAACUUCGUAUUGUUGCCGUCGUCUCAGCAACGUUCGGACUUUUUCAUAAUUGCGGAACUGGAUAUUGCGCAAGCCAUUCUUCUGCAAUGGGGAAAUGCAAUUCCGUGGGCGUGGCAGAAAUGGGACGAUCCUCGAACGAUCAACUUUGACGCCGCAGUGAGACUGACAGGUAACUGGUUUUGUCACCUUGACAAGUCGUUGCUCUCGGCUAUCUGGGAGGAAAUUUUGCUUCCUCACAAGGAUACGUCGUACUCUCAAUCCACUGAACUAGCAUGGUUUCUGCGACAAACUGUGAAAUCCGAUCCUCGCGCAACUUUGAUCGCAUUAUUUCAUCAAAUACGCGACAAUCCUGACUCAGAGAGAUCAUUCGACAUCGCCGAUGAAUCUAAUGCGUCGCGCUUGCAUCUAGCUGUGUUGUGUCUCGCCGAGGUUAUCGAAGGUUACAGCGGUCUAUUGAACUCAGCGGAUUUAGCACUUGUUGCAGAGCAACUAGUAAUGCUCUUUGUACAUCUGAACGGUCGUACCGACGGGAAAGGAUCAGGAAGAAUAAUUCGUUGCCUCGAUGCACUGGAACCCAGCAUUACAGAAGGAGCCCUUGCGUCCUUGCACAAAAAUAUAACUUUCUUCUCCAAGCUUGCCGGAGUGAUUGCUGAUGCUUCAAACAUACUUGAUAAUGACGCUACCGAAAGCUUUCUUCAUAAUCCGGAGGUCCUACUGUCUGUCAUAAUACUGCUCCAUUUCAUCUCCUUGUUCUGCAAAAAUGGCGCGGUCAAUUGCUUUCCCGAGACGGCGUUUAAUCUACUCUCCGAUCUCGUCAAAUUUCUUUGCUCGUAUACCGGCACACCAGAGUUAAGCAUAGCGCUGCUGAACUGUCUCGUUCAUACUUCUGGCCAAUGUCGUCCGAGUCGAGGUGAUACAACAGUCGAGAAGGCCAUGGUGGGUACCGGAUCCGACAAUCCUCCCGUUAUACCUAUUGCAAGACCUCUCAAGACAUGGGAUGAUGAAGAUGCAUAUAAUUUGGCGCUCAGUAUGGUCGGGACUAACUUGGAUCUCGCUGCUGCAUUUGCCUCCUACGUCAACCUUACGAUCAAGAAGAAUACCGAUCCGCUGCUCGUGUUAGAAACAUGGGAUUACUUGCGCGAUGUAUUAUUGAUCAUCGCCACUGGGCGCCUAAACGACUGCGUCGGCCUUUGUUCUUUUCCGAGAGUUGACCUCACUCUAGAUGAUGAGCCCUCGGUAAUGGAAGGUAGAGCACUUGAGAUUGUCAACGCAACGGAGAAGAUAUGCAAUGCUUUAGAAACGAUUCUAAAACGCAGUGAUAUCAGUUUAGUCCGCCUAUUAAUUGACUCUCCGUGGAUUAUCACUCUUCGCGAUUCGUUAACGAAACCCACGGCAACAGCCGCGUCGACCGGAGAGGCUAGUGUCAUUCCUGACGAGCCAUCAGCAUGUCCGUCUUCCGACUUCGGAAUUGAGGACCGUGCUCAUCUCGACCCGCGAAUUAUUCCCAUAUGCAAGAGGUUCCUGGAGAAGUUAGCAAGCACCCGUCGACACCUGCACAUCAUCACCUCGCCGCUCAUCUCACCCACUCUCGAUACUUUACCUUUACAUUCCUUGCUCUCAGACGCUGCGUCCCUCUCCUCCGGUCGCUGUCGUCUGCCGCACUCUUCGCCGCCGCUGUCGCCUCGUCCUCCUCCUGUUCCCUGCCUGCCACCCAUCGUUCGAUCGAUGUUCAUGUCCUCUCCGUUUCGUGGUUCCCACCGCCGCUCCAGAUCACACACGUCGCUUUCCUCUCCCUCAUCCUCUCCUGUCGCUAGAUCCGACAAACACCGCCCUCAUGCAGUCUACUCUCGGCUGCUGAAUGACAAACUCUCAGGCUGUGCCGAUUCCACCACUGCUGACUCGCCGUUCUCCGCUGCACCCGCAUUUACCGCCCAGCCACCCGAGAAAUGGGAUGUUGAGGCAUGGAGGCGUGGCAAAAGAGCCAGACGCGAUCAAGAGAGUCCUUCGGAAGACGCAGACAUGGAAUCUUGUGAUGAACCCAUGCCAGGCUCACCAAUUGCUGAAUUGCAAGCCAACUCUCUGUCCAUGUCUGUUCCCUCUACCCCACUCCCUCGCUUCCCAGCGACGUCAGAUGCGUUCCAAUUCUUCCCGCCCAAAUCGUCAUCUGCCGCAAGGCAGGCAUCGACGACAUCUGACGGUCAUUCAUCGUUCUUUGGUUCGGGCAAUCGGAACAAGCAUGAGGACAGACUCGAACAAAUGCAUACAGAUGCCUUCAGUGAUUUGCGCAAGACUGUGUCGGAGGCAGGUGAGGGCUUUGUGCGUCGUAUGCGCGAAUUCGAAGCACAUCGCCGAGCAAGAUCCUCACGUGUAAUCGCAGUGGUGUCGCGCUCCGACGGCUCGCCCGGCUGUCAGAUGCCGCCGUACAAACGAGGCAGGAAACGGCCAUCGCCAUUAUCUGUUCGACAGUCCAACGUGCAGCAUGCGAACGUGGGACAGAACCGUGGGAAUGGAAGCGGCUCCGAGGCAGACGACUCGGAUAUUGAGAUCCGUUCCAGUUGUGCGUCAGGCUCGGACGAUUUCCGAGGCUGGUCGCCCUCCAAGAAACGAGCCGUGUCGCUCAGUGCUCUCGGCUACCAGGACACCGUUGCAGUCGAGAAUCCACGUUCAUUUCCUUGUCCUAUCCCUCUUCUCAACCGUGACAGGAGCUCGUCGCCAUCGCCAUCGACAUACUCCAAUUCUUCGUCAGACGAGGACGAGGACAUCACAAGCUCCAGCGGCAGUGUCGUUGACCGCUCACGUCAUCGGCAUGCUUUGCGUUUCCGCCCCAAAGUGCCUUCUUUGGUCAAAUGCAGCCCGCCGUCUCUGGCCUUUUCCUUUACGGCCUCUAAUAAUUCAUCCAGAAUGUCAAUCGACACGGGUGUACCGUCUCCCGUAUCUCUGCCGAGCGCCGUGACGAAUCCGCUUUCGUCAUCUCCCGACCAAUUCAAAAGUAUGGACACCUCCAAUUACGGACCCGCCAUGGCGACUAGUCCGCCGGCACAGCGGACAUCAAAAUGCUCUGACAAGACCGUUGCAGCUCUAAGUCUUGCCCUUGCCAAUGGUGCCGGAAGUGUGAACGAUUAUAAUGCCUUGCGGGAAGCGCAAGGUGUGCUAUCCAUGGAGAGCAGCGAAAAUUCGAAGACGGACGGCUCAACCCGAACCAUCGUACCGCAUAUCAGUAUGCGUUUAAUUUCGGACGGACUCAUUUUGAAGGAAGAAAUCGAAGAAGCUUCUUGUCCUUUUCUAACCGGACCGGAUUGUUCGCUUUAUGCGUCCUAA